GUAGCUGUCUCUUCUGACCAUUCCGCGCCUCCAAUGUACCGACUCCGACUUCUCCGGUUAUUCUCGACCCACCGGCGGCACUCGGCCCACUGAGUGCUGUUUGUGUACCUCACCGGGAAGCGGGACUCUCUUCCUGACUUACUGAACUCGGAGCCUUCCCGGUAUUCUCGGAGUGUGUGUGAGCAUCAUGUGGAAGACGGCUUCAGCCACGGCCCUGCUGGCGUUGGUCGUCGGCUACUUCUACCACGACAACCCGGACCUGCCGGAGCAGAUCCUGCGGUACGUCGGCCUGCCGGACUUCCAGUCGUCGUCCCCGAGUCAGGACAGCGUGGAGCAGGUGAUCGCCGCCGCCUGGGAGGCUCUGAUAACGCUGCCGACCCAGCAGUGGAGCAAAGUGGCAGUGGGGGUGAACGCCUGUGUGGACGUGGUGGUCUCCGGCGUGGGACUGCUGCAGGCUUUGGCGGUGGAUCCCGGCGCCGGCCUGGACCACGAGGUGCUGCACUCCAAGGAGCACUUGAAGGAGGCCUUCAUCUAUUACAUGGAGCGCGGCGCCGCCGCCGAGCGCUUCUUCAGCGACCCCGAGGCCUUUCAGAGGAUCGCGCGCGCGGCUGCGGAAUACCCUGGUGCGAAGCUGUACGUGGGAGGGAACGCCGCUCUCAUUGGCCAGAAGCUCGCCACCUACCCUGAUAUCACGGUGUUGUUAUGUGGGCCAGUUGGUCCGAAACUCCUCGAGAUGCUGGACGAGCAGAUCCUCGUUCCCCCCGAAUCUCUGCAGGAGACGGACGAAUACCACCUCAUCCUGGAGUACAAAGCCGGGGAGCAGUGGGGCUCCACUCGGGCCCCUCAGGCCAACCGCUUCAUCUUCUCCCACGACGUGUCCAACGGGGAGAUGAGCUCCCUGGAGACCUUCGUGGCGAGCCUGGACGAGUUCCAGCCCGACCUGGUGGUGCUGUCGGGCCUCCACAUGAUGGAGGGUCAGGGCAAAGAGCUGUGGGAGGAGCGGCUCAAAGAGGCCGUGUCGGCCAUAUCUGACAUCCGUCAUGAUAUUCCCAUCCACCUGGAGCUGGCCAGCAUGACGGACAAAGAGUACAUGAGCCGCAUCAUGCAGGAGCAGGUGAUGCCCAUCGUCAGCUCCAUCGGGCUGAACGAGCAGGAGCUGCUCUUCCUGUCUCAGGCCGGGGGCGGGCCCCACGCCGACCUGGCGGCCUGGCGGGGCGUCCCCGACGUGGGCCGCGUCAGCGACAUCCUCCUCUGGGUGCUGGAGCGGCACGGCCGCAGCGAGCCGUCGUCCGAGUCGGACCUCACCCGCAUCCACUUCCACACGCUGGCCUACCACGUCCUGGCCACGGUGGACGGGUACUGGGGCAACCAGGCGGCGGCGGUGAUGGCGGGCGCGCGCGUGGCCAGCAGCCAGGCGUGCGGCCUCCGCUCCGUCGACGCCGGGAAGGUGUCGCUCAGGGCGCCGCUGGAGUUCCACAGUUCGCACGGCGAGCCCCGGGAGAAGCUGACGCUGGACCCCGAGAAGCCCGUGACCGUGUGGCGCCGGGGGAACGUCACCUUCCACCUGACGGUGGUGCUGGUCUGCAAGGAGCCGCUCCGGACAGUCGGGCUCGGGGACGCCAUCUCGGCGGAGGGACUGGUUUACUCCGAGCUGAAGGCCAGGCGGCCCAUCGUCGAGUUCGCUUGAAACCGGACGUUGUUGGGUUUUGGAGUUCUGGGCUGGGUUCAGGCCUCCGGGCCCAUGAUUCUGUUUCUGUCUUCCUCUCCCCCCCCCCCACCCCCUCUCACUCCCCGGAGCUACGAAUACGUUAAAGAAUGUGAAUCGACGGCGAUAGUUUUUAGAUCCCGCCUGAGGACUCGUCCAGCCGGCUCCGGCCUCCUCUGUUCUCCCUCCUCGAGUCGUCCCGCAGACACAGAAGCCGAGGCAGGUGGUUGACAGAAAGUGGGCGUGGCCGAGCCGCGAGGCGGCCCGACUCUAUGCAACGGCCGCCGCUCGAAGCCAAGCGUCGCAAAACUUCAAAGAGUUUCGUUUUUUUUGUUUGGCUCGGCAUCAUUUACUUCGACCUGCAUAUCUUAAGUAUGCUGUGCCUUGAGAAAACGGAAGAAUUAUAGAAGUUCUGAUAUUUCAUUCAUAUUUUAGAGCCAACUCGACUUAAAUCUUAGAGCGUUACGUCAUAGAUUCACACACACACACACAUAAUGAUUCUGAUUGACUGGAAAGUGAUGAGCGUCUUUCUGUCUGGUAGACUCUUAAGUGGUGUUUUUGAUGUUCUGUGUUUCUUCCACUUUUUUCGGCGCAUUCACGUCAAAUAGUCACGAGGGAGAUCACUUGAAAGCUCGAGCUCUUUUACGAGUAAAAGCUGUUAUCACUAGAUAUACUUAUACUUGACAUUUCUGUUGUAUGUCCCGAGAGGAUACAAGUGUUACACUUGGGGGGGUCAAAUUAUGAAAUUUAAGACUGAUAAAUGCAAACCUGGUUUUGAAGGGGAUCCUUCUUUAUGCAGUCAAGCAAAGUUUACACUCGUGGUAAUUAACGUACAAGUUUAAGGUCAAAGAAAAUGUCAUUUCCAAAUGCGCCGUAUGUUAUCUGGGUUACUGUACAUGUUUCUUUGUUUACUCUUCCAUUGUACUUUUAUUUUCAUUUGUCGCUUUCGCUCACUUCUAAAAAUGUAACGUGGAAACUCUUAAACGCUGGCCAAAGUAACGCAGGGCUGGAAAACGCUUCCUGGCGCUUGCUAAUGGGUACUUACAUGCAUCGUCAUGGGUUUGUUUAUCGUCUUGUCGUUUGAUUUUUGGGAACGUCCGCAUCACGUUCGAUGUUAAGUACUUAGUUGUCGGAAAUAAUUUGUCUGUAUACCUCACAUGGUCACUGACGGCAUGCAAUAAUGGAGUCUUAAUGCCAACGUGCAGCAAAACGGUGUGUGGUGUUUUUGUUGAGCGGAAUAAAUUCUUUUGCACUAGGACAAAGUGGCAGGUGCGCCUGCAAAGGUGAAUGUAACCGUCACUCGGAAUCCUUUCUUUCUGUUUUUUGCAAGUACAAUCUAUUCAAUUUCACUCAUUUUUAUGGUUUGUGUCUCAUUUUUAACCUUUUUUCAGUCACUUGUUUGUCAUUAAAAUGUGAACGGAGAGCAGAGGCCUUGUUGUGCUGCAGAUUGUUGUGCAUAUUUUGGCGACGCUGAAACAACUUAAAGUUAGCGGUGGAACGAUGAGUGGAUUUGUCGAUCGACCUCGCAACUAUUUUAGAAAUAUUUGUCGAGUCGAAAAUCUAAAAUUUCUCUGAUCCAGUUUCUUUGUCUUGUUACCUUCGCAUUGAAAAUGCGGAAGGUUAUGUUUUGAUCGCCAUGUAUUUAUUUGUAUGCUUGUUAUUCGCAGAACUCAAAAAGUAUUAAACCGAAUCGCACAAUA